GCGAUGAGGAGUGCGGCGCGGCACGGGCAACUCGAAAUCCUGCAGUGGCUUCAUCAACGCACUAAUUGCGCUGAAGUAUGUACAACAAGUGUGAUGGACGCAGCGCUUGUUGGAGGUCACCUGAAUGUGGCGAAGUGGCUAUUGGGACACUGUAGUAAGGGCUGCUCUGCCUAUGGUCUUCAAUAUGCUGCGCAAUAUGGAUAUUUACCUCUCCUGCAAUGGGCGGAUAUACACUUUAGCGACCAGUUUGACUCAAGUGUAAUGGAUGAGGCGGCCUGUGGGGGUCAACUCGAAGUCGUCAAGUGGCUACAUGACCAUCGCUCCGACGGAUGCACUACAAGGGCGAUGGAUACAGCGGCGGGGCAUGGCCACAUGGACGUUGUCAAGUGGCUGCAUGCUAACCGAACAGAAGGUUGUUCCCAAAAAGCAAUGGAUUGGGCCCUGGAGUUGUGUCAGCUGGAUGCAGUAAAAUGGCUACAUGAGAACAAAUCUCUACCGUUCUUUCGUUCAGCUAUGUAUUUUGCAGCUCGGGGAGGUACUUUGCUGGAUAUUGUGCACUACCUUGAGGGGGAUAGAAGAAUGGAAGGCUCCGGAUGGGGUGUAGCCGCUGCUGCUGAAAAAGGG